GUCCAAAAGAAUCGGUUCGCCUGAACGAUGCUAUACUUUCAACAUAACGGCGACGCCAUCGUUGCUCUCACCAUCUCUCCCCACAUCUCUCUCUCUCUCUCCCACCCUCUCCCUGAAACCUAGAGAAACUUUUAGCCUAGAUCUUCAGAUUCAGUGGAAUUACAAAUCAGGUUCGAUCGUCGAAAUCUUCCGAUAUGGCAUCGUCAUCCACCGGUGCAUCUUCCACACCAUCUGAUCCCUCUCAUUUCGCGUACUCCACCGCUCCUUACACUGACCCUGCUGCGGGAGCGGCGCCCGCCCCCUGUUUCCCCGUGCCCUUCCAUCUCCAGAAGCCCGAGGCGUCUGCCCAGCACCCGGCGGAGUAUCUCUACCAGAAGCCCUAUUCGGUGCCCCAAUUCUCUCAACCAGCGAAAGGCCCGCAGCACUUGUAUCCCUCUGUUUACGUUCCCCCCGCUCCUGCGCCGACUCCUUUGCCGGCAGCAGCAGGCGUUUAUUCACUCCCUCAGUAUCAGCAGGCCCAGCAGUUGUUUCAGAGGGACGCCCAGACGAUUACUCCGGAAGCGCUUGAGAGCGUGAAGGCAGCGUUAGCGAGCAGCGAGGUAGAGAACAAGGCGGAGACGAAGAAGAAGGCGGUCCCUCGGAAGGCUGCUGGACAGUCGUGGGAGGAUGCCACCCUUACCGAUUGGCCGGAAAAUGACUUUCGGUUAUUUUGUGGAGAUCUUGGAAACGAAGUCAAUGAUGAAGUUCUUUCAAAAGCAUUUUCAAGAUUUCCCUCAUUUAACAUGGCAAGGGUAGUAAGAGAUAAAAGGACUGGAAAAACUCGAGGUUAUGGAUUUGUUAGUUUUUCUAAUCCUUCUGAUCUUGCUCAAGCUAUAAAAGAAUUGAAUGGUAAAUAUGUGGGAAACCGACCAAUCAAACUUCGGAAGAGUAAUUGGAAAGAGAGGACUGACCAGGAAGCGUUAGAAAGGCAAAAGCACCAUUCUCAAAAAAAACCAAAAUUGCUAAAGAAAGGCAUUCUUCAUAAGUGAAGCCUGUGGGUGGGCCAUGUUAAUGAGAACGGUCAACCAUAUUGGAGCAUGGGUAGAGGGCAGAAGAUGGCAGGUGCACAAGACAUAACAAAGCUGCAAUCGAAGACGGACAUUGAAAACAAUAGACUGAAGGUGCCUUGCUGCAACUAAUUAAAUGAAUGAACUUGUUAUUGUUAAGUCCUGGAAAUCCUGGAAAUAGGUUUACAGCAUAUUUGGGCGCAAGUUAUGUGAACAAUGUAUACUUGUUCUGUUAUUCCCCAUUGAACUCUUUAUCUACGAGAUUUCUUUCAAUUGCUUUCCCAUCAUAUUUGGCAUAACUGCUUCCUAGAAUGCAUGUGAUGGAACAAUGGGGCCUAUGGCGUGCUUCCUUGGCCUUGAAUAUGAAUCAGAUUCUUAGAAUUGUGUAAGUGUAAUUCAUAAUAGUUAACUUCAGCUUUUCUUUUUGUUCGCCAA